AUGGAGGAGUCUGGCCGCAUUCAUGUCACUAUGACCGCUGGAGAAUAUGAACUCUUCAAGGAGGCCAAAAGAUUGGCAGCUUCGGAGAGACAGGCAACUGUCUCGCGACCACGACAAGCCCCUGCUGAGGCUUCCAAGGAGCCCCUCCCUGUUUCAGAUCGGGGUUCCAAAAGAAAGCAACCUGAGUGCUACCCGCACCAACAGGAGCAGCCUCAAGCAUCUGUAGCUGAGAGUUCACAGCCGCGAGAUUCGAAGAAGGGAAAGGCCCUUGUUAUACCUGAAGCAUUCCCCGAGGAUCCAGACGAGAAAGUACCUUUCUCAGCCAUGAUUCUAAAUGAAAGACUGCCUAAGGGUUAUAGAGCUCCAUCGAUCGAAGAAUAUGAUGGGAGCAAGGAUCCGGAAGAUCAUCUAGCUUUCCUAAAUACUUUAUCUGGUUCAUCCUUAAAAUGGUUUGACGGGUUGCCUCAAGGGUCCAUCACCUGUUUCCUGGACUUCAAAACGGCUUUUCUGCGCCGAUUUGCCAGCAGUAAGAAAUAUCAAAAGACAGAUCAUUGUCUUUUCGCUCUAAAGCAGAGGCCGACUGAGCCCCUAAGAAGUUAUAUAAACCGCUUUAAUCAAGUGACUCAAGAUGUUCCCACUGCCACUUCGGAGAUUCUGAUGAGUGCCUUUUCCCAUGGAUUGGGAGAAGGUGAAUUCUUCAGAGAUCUCAUUAAGAAUCCUGCUCGGAAUUUUGAUGAGAUGGUGGAAAAAGCUGCUUCUUACAUCAAGGUAGAAGAAGCACAAGCAGCUCGCAGGAAGGCCGAAAAACCACUUCCUCCCACCAACAGGCAGGAAAGAAGAGCGCCUCAACCACCCCCUCAACCUCUGCCACGAGCCCGGGAGGUCCGACCUGCCUUUCAUUCCGGACCCGAAAUUCGACCUGCCCCUCGAGUGGCCGCUGUACAUAUCCCCCGACCUAGGCCAGGGAGUAAUCGAUAUUGCACUUAUCAUAGAUCCCAUACACAUGAUACUAACCAUUGCUUUCAGUUUGCUCGGGACUCUAAGCGAGUUGCUGAGAUGGGUUUGCCCCCACCUGAGCUAGCUCCUCAGUUAAUCAAGAUGAUGGAAGAACAAAGGGUGGCGGGACAAGCCGGGCCAUCUCGCCCUGACCUCGCAGGCACUCAUCAGCCUGGCCGAGGAAAAGAGCCAGAAGGAUCACGAGAAGUUGAGAACAGAGGCAAUGCGGCCGUCAGAGAGAUAGGCAUGAUCUCAGGGGGGCCAACCGACGGGGACUCAGGGAGAGCACGAAAAUCUCAUGUUCGGCGAUUGGAGGUUCAUGCUGUUGGGUGCAGUCAGGAUCAAGCUGCUGGCCCUGUUAUUAGUUUUGGGCCAGCAGACCUGGAGGGCUUGGAGUUGCCUCAUGACGACGCACUCAUCAUCAAAGCCAUCAUUGCCAACAACCGAGUGGCUCGGGUUUUUGUCGAUACCGGGAGUUCAGUCGACAUUCUAUUCAGGACUGCAUUUGAAGAAAUGCAGAUUGAUGCUGCUGAGCUUCAACCAGUAGCCACCUCUUUAUAUGGAUUCACGGGCAAUGAAGUGAAGCAUAUGAGUCAGAUUAAGCUGGCUAUAUCUCUGGGGACCGAGCCACUGGGAGGCCCGCCCUGCAUGAAUUUAGGGCCGUUGUCUCCACCUUUCACCAAAAAAUCAAGUUUCCUGUGGGCGAGUAGGCCGGGGAAGUUAGAGGGGAACAGAAGGUCUCUCGGCGAUGUUAUAUCGAUAUGGUCCGAGUUGAGGCUCGGAAACAUCAAAGGAUGCAGGAUGGAGGUGUUCAUGUCGUUCAAGAGGAGCAUCUUCCUAUAUCUGAGGAGCCUAUCCCCUGGGAAGAAGUGCAACUACAUGCUGAGCGACCUGAGAGUCUGA